AGUCAAAAGUACUACAGUUUGCAGUGGUAGACAAGUACAAUCAUGUAACUAGUUUCACUCACACCGCCGGAAGUUAGUUAGUCAGUGUUACUGACCGAGCUAGAGAACGGAUCUGGGAGAACUACAGCGGGGACACAGCGCCAACGGUCGUCACGGUCACAGCUAGCUAGCUACGGCUACUGGCGUCCAGCUCGCCAAGGACCAGUCACCAGGUCUCACUCGAUUGCUUCCAGAGAGAUACUUCCUGCGAGAUCCGAAACAGUUUCCUGCAUGGUUACAUGCGUGAGCGGUGCAGUUGUUUGACUAUAAAUAAAUAAUUAUUAUUAGUCGUGGUCACCGGUAGCUCUCUGCGUCCGAACUGGCGAUUCUUGCUUUCCUCGGGGGAGACAGCAGUGCUGAGGUCGUUCAGGUGCCUUCUAUCCUCGCGUCCAAGCACCACUUGACCUCGGAAACCGAGGAGUGCAGAGUGCAUUUGGGCCGAGUAAGGAAAGUCAAGCCAGUGGCCGUCCGGAGGAUUUCAUUCCCAUCACUUGGAUCCGGCUUUCCCUUUGCAUCACUUCCAGCAACCGGCUUUUACUACAGUCUCCCAAUGUCGUUACCACACUACGUUCCGAACCCCAUGGCGAGGGUUCCAGCAUCAAUGAAACCGCUAUCGCCACUAUCCCUUCAGACCAAGGAGACGGAAGAUGACUCGUGUGGACACUAUCCAGACAUCUUCGUUGAUGUAGAUCUUUGCUCACCCGAGAGUGGAGACACAUCCAGCUCUGGUCUGGAGGAGUUUGUUGCAUCCUAUGGACUGGGCACGUUUCAGAUUGAUGAACCAACAAGAAGAGGAGCUCUUCUUAGUGUUGGCGAGCUAGCGCUGAGUGUGCAGUUCGGUGAGCACUCGGAUGAUCAGAUGGUCAUCAUCAUCGGUAUCCACAGUGCUGAGAACUUCCCUGCAUACCAUGGACUGACGCAGUUCAGUCGACAGCACACCAAAGUUCACUUGGAGAUGAGCAUAUCUUUUGAGAAAGCGUUGCAGCCGGUUCGCUUGAUGUCUCACGCUGUGCCAGCCAGCACGUCGAUGAAGUUUGAUGAGAAUCUCGUCGCCAUCAUGGGCAAUGCCAUGUUUCAGCGGCGGCGCACUUUACAGAUCUCGGUCGUUGAGAAGAAGUUCACUGGCAAGUCGGUGCUGGGUACUGUGGACAUCGAUGUCAGCCGCCUCAGCGCCGGACAUCGCAUCAACACUAACAAUUACUCUGUAUUCAAUCAUCGUGGCAGUCUCAAGUUGUCCGUGCCGCCUGCGAGUGCCAAAGGCAGCCUGAGUGCCAGCGUGGGUGCCCAGUCAUCACCCGGUAGCCUGCAGCACCUGAGCAAGAAGACCAGAAAGGAGCGAAACAAGUCACGGGGCUCCAGUGGCUCCUUGGUGUAGUACACCAUAACGAUCAAGUCAUUCCUGCCGCGUGGAAUUGCUCAAGCAUACAACAGGCCGCUGAACGUCAGCAAUGUACAUAGAUAUUGAGUCAGCUGAGCCAUAACAGCCGCAGCAUAGGUAGAGUGAAGUGGACUUCCAGUGUGGCUGUGAGUGCGCGACCUGCACUGAUUGGCAAGCACUAAAUCAGCCGGGCUGGCCUGCUGGAUGCUUGCCUGGACCUGCAUGCACUUGCACCAAUGACGAGAUUGUGCACCCGUGUCGGCACGGAACUGAAAGGCUGUGGUUGAGCAUGUUGCACUUGAUUGCAUGCCAGUAGCCUUCGUGUUGCCUACAGAUCACAACGUGCGUAUUGCAGCAACACACCAUGAUAUGCCAGUUUGGCAAGUUUACCUAGUUUGAUUCUGUAGUACAUCGUGUACAUGUACGUAAUGCUGUGACUUGUUAUUAUGUUGAGAAGGUCUUUUGCAUUGUCGCACUGCAUGCUGUUGAUUAGAAGUCAUGACAUUCAGUUCACCCAGCUACGCAGCAGAGUACACUUGAAUAAUUUGUCUGGAGUACAUGUAUUCUCAAUCCUAAUGUAUCCGGCAGUACUGAUCAUGUCGGUCAGUUAGUUGCGAUCGCGGAUCAGUGCUGCAUUCAACAUCUUUACAACAUAGUUCACGCUCUUUAAAUUAAGUUAGGUACAUGUACUCAUGGCAUUCAACCCCCGAAAUGCUCCGCUGUUUUGCCUUUUUUCA